AACGAUGCAGGAUAAACAGUGCGCAUACGUCGAAAAGCGCCACCUCGCGGGGACUGAUGCUAUCGCAGAAGUGAUCCCAACGAGUGCCGACGAGUUCAUCGAUAGUCGUGACCGCCCGGCUUUCACCGCGAUUAAUUUCAUCAUCGCUUAGAAACGUCGUUGUUGCUUCUGCUUCUGUGAGACAGACGUUAGGCAAGUAAUACUGAUGGCGAGAUAUUGAGAUUAUUAAAAGGUGACUGGAAGAUUUAGUCGCGCUUCAAAGUCACCAUCAAGAUCAUUCAGCUAAGUUCCACACAAGGAUCAUGAAAAUGGUGCUGUCUCAACGUCAGAGGGAGGAGUUAAAUAAGGCGAUUGCGGAUUACCUUAGCACUAAUGGCUAUCAAGAUGCACUGGAGGCAUUUAAGAAGGAAGCAGAUAUGCCAGGAGAAGUGGAGAGGAAGUACGGGGGCUUACUUGAGAAGAAGUGGACUUCAGUUAUACGAUUGCAGAAAAAGGUAAUGGAAUUAGAGUCUAAACUUUCCGAAGCAGAGAAAGAAUUCAUAGAAGGCGCACCAACACGUAGUAAGAGAUCACCGGCCGAAUGGAUACCGAGACCGCCGGAAAAAUUUAGCCUGACAGGACACAGAGCUCCUAUCAAUAGAGUUAUUUUCCAUCCGGUUUUUAGUCUUGUAGUAUCUGCCAGCGAAGAUGCUACAAUUAAGGUGUGGGACUUUGAGAGUGGUGAUUUCGAAAGAACGCUAAAGGGUCACACGGACAGUGUGCAAGACAUUGCAUUCGAUACUUCGGGCAAGUUGCUCGCGUCUUGUAGCGCGGACAUGUCUAUCAAGCUGUGGGAUUUUCAUCAGUCGUUUGCUUGCGUGAAAACUAUGCACGGCCAUGAUCAUAACGUCAAUUCAGUUGCGUUUGUACCACAGGGUGAUUUUGUAGUGAGCGCCUCUAGAGACAAGACCAUUAAAAUCUGGGAGGUAGCAACGGGCUACUGUGUAAAGACUUUCACAGGGCAUAGAGAAUGGGUGAGAAUGGCGCGAGUUAGCCCAUGCGGCGAACUUAUCGCUAGUUGCUCAAACGAUCAGACUGUUCGAGUAUGGCACGUGGCAACGAAAGAGACAAAGGUCGAAUUCAGAGAACAUGAACACGUGGUAGAAUGUAUUGCAUGGGCGCCCGAAAGCGCAAGAGCUUCGAUCAAUGCAGCGGCUGGAGCUGACAAUAAAGGUGCACAUGAGGGACCUUUCCUCGCAUCCGGAUCGCGAGACAAGACAAUUCGCGUGUGGGAUGUUGGUGCCGGAGUGUGUCUUUUCACUCUUAUCGGGCACGACAAUUGGGUGCGAUGUAUUGUCUUCCAUCCUGGCGGCAAGUUUAUUGUUAGCGCGUCUGACGAUAAGACGCUGCGAGUCUGGGACACGCGCAACAAACGAGUGAUGAAGACUCUCGAAGCGCACGUUCACUUUUGCACUUCUGUCGAUUUUCACAAAAAUCAUCCUUAUGUCGUCACCGGGAGCGUCGAUCAAACGGUGAAGAUUUGGGAGUGUCGCUAGUCAUCGAAUUUAGAUUUUCCGUUAGACAUCGUGAACGGAAAAGAAUGAAAAGAUAAAAUGAGAGAAAAGACGAACGCGCGCGUCCAUUUUAGUGGAAUCAGCUGAAAAAGUAAGCAGCUACAAAACUAUCGUAUGCUACUAAUAUUAAUAUUAUUAUACAUGAACACACAAACAUAAACACGUAUGAUUAAGAACUCUAAUUAAUUUAUAAUAAAGUAUACUUAGUAAUAUUAUAUUACGAUACACAUUGUUUUACGGCAAUGAACUACACUAUUCGAGAAGAGUGAAUCGAGAGAUUGUCAUAAGAUCAAACGAUCAAAAUGACGGUCCUAUGAGUUCUCAGUACGGAUAUUAUCUAUGGACGUGGAAUUAUUAAUGCCAUAUACAAUUACGAAAGUUAUAUUCCUUUAGACAGUUGUGCAAUUGUAGUAGGCAUUAUUCUGUACAUAUAUAUAUAUAUAUAUAUAUAUAUAUAUACGUCUUUAAGCAGCGCGAAAAUUUGAUGUGAUUAUGAGUACAACCUUUGAUGUUUUCUUACUCCUCUCUUUGCUUGCUUAUGCAAUGUAUCGGUUAAAAUAUUAGUUACCAACUGGUCACACACCCAUUUUAAAUGUGCAAUGUUUAAUGUAUAUUUCUUAUCAACUCAUAUAUAUUUUGAUGAAUAUUGAGUUAUCACACUCACUGCAUUGCAAAGGCAAUUUGUUUUUUUGGGACAUAUAAGUUAAUGUCGCAAAUGAUAUAAAUAAAAUGACAAUGAUACAAAUAAAAAUA